AUGUAAUCUUUUGAAGCAAAAUUGGCUAAAUUAAAUUGCAAUAUACAUGGUUUAGAAAUAUUGUAUGUGAAUAUUGGUUAAAAUAUUACAAAUAAGAGAGCAUUAUGCAAAUAAUGUAGAUGCAAUGAUAUAUAAUUACAUAGAAAUUAUCUUAAUGAAGUUUUGCAAGAUUAUAUUGAUAAAAGAAGGAAAGAUGCUAUAAAAUUAAUAUAAUCAUUAUAGUUUGAGUUCAAUAGAAAAUAUGAAUAAAUUAUAGGUCUACUAGACAAGAUUAAAGAAAUGUUUGAUAGUAAAUUAAAAGAAUUUACAGAGAAAGAAUAUUUAAGUGAAUUUUAAGAAAGAUUCUUUGGAUGGGGUAAUUUGACUUUGAAAGAUGUAGAAGAUUUAGGAAUUAUGUUAUCAAAAGAUGUUGAAUUUAUAGAAGAUUAAGUAUCAAUAAAAGAAAUAGAAUUUAAAAGCAAUGAUUUAGAAGAAUAUGUUGAAGUUUUAUCUAAUGUUUUGGGUGAUUUAGAGGAAUUAAAUAUAAAUUAAGAGAAAUUAGUAAAAUUGGAUAAGACUUUGCCAAAAUAUGAAAGAGAAAUAUCUCAAUUAGAUUUAUCAAAAGAUGAGGAUAUGGCUGCAGUAGUGACUUUAAAUACAGAUAUAGAUAUAUGGAAUCUAUAAACAAUGAAAAAGACUGUUUUAAAAGGACAUGAUGAUAUAGUUAAUGCUAUAGUUUUCAGUAAAUAUAGUAAUACUUUAAUUACUGGUGGGAGAGAAGGGACAAUAAAAGUUUGGAAAUGUGAAGGGAAAUGGAUAAUUCAUGAUAUUUUGAUAGGUCAUGAUGAUUGGAUAACAGCAUUAUGUAUAGGAAAUUAGGAUUAAUUAAUUGGAUCUGCUAGUAAUUAGGAAAUAUUAAUUUGGUCAUAUAAAUCAGAUCAUUAUGUAAAGAUUCAAAAGUUGUUAGGACAUGCUGAUUCUAUUUAUUCAUUAGGAUUUCUUAAUUAAUGUGAAUAUUUAAUAUCAGGUAGUUAUGAUAAGACUGUUAGAUUAUGGGAGAGAAAAGAGAAAUAAUAAUGGAAUUUCAAAUAGCAGUUUUAUUAUCAUUCAGAUAAAGUACAAUCAAUAGCUUGUUCUAAUAAUACAUUAUUUGGUUCAUGUAGUUGGGAUCAAUCAAUUAGAUUAUAUGAUUAGAUGACAGAUGAUUCUUAUGAUUGUAUACAAGUAUUGUAUGGUCAUCAAGGGAAAGUAUAUUAAAUAUAAUUCAAUAACGAUUCUAAGAUUUUGUAUUCUUGUAGUCAUGAUAAUACAAUAAAAUUAUGGAGUCAAUUAUAAACUAAUUUUUGGGAGUGUUUCCAUGAAAUUAAACAAGAUUUCCAUAUAAAAUUUAUAGGAAUAAGAUAAAAUUGUUUGAUUUCAUCGAAUUAUUAUGAGAUUUAUGUUUAUAAAUAAGAAUAAAUCAAUUGAU